AGUUCUAUUCAAUCUGUAUGUUUACUUGAAGAAAUGUACAUUUAUGUGAAAUUUGAGGUGUUUAUGUUGCUUUUAUUCUGACGCAAAGUACUUCAAGUUGUGUUUUAAACAAGCAGCAAGUCGCUUAUGAUAUGACGCGCAGUUGCUGCGACGCGCUUUAGCCUCAAACAAGAUGGCGGCUCACACGGGGGAGAAGCGUGGUCUCGAACACUUAGACGAAUAUGAACCAAAAACAGCGAAACAGCCACGAAAUAUGCACGACAAAAUGAUAGAGGCGCGACUUGUUGUUGUUCUGGAAGGAGCGACGCUGGAGACUGUGAAGGUUGGGAAGACAUUUGAGUUGCUGAACUGUGACCAACACAAGAAUAUUAUAAUAAAGAGUGGAAGGGACCCCGGCAACAUUCGGCCAGACAUCACUCAUCAGAGCCUGCUUAUGUUGAUGGACAGCCCAUUGAACAGAGCAGGACUGCUGCAGGUGUACAUACAUUCAGAGAAGAAUGCUCUGAUUGAGAUCAAUCCUCAGACACGAAUUCCCAGGACCUUUCCUCGCUUUUGUGGACUCAUGGUGCAGCUCCUGCAUAAGCUGAGUGUGAGAGCAGCUGAUGGGCCACAGCGCUUGCUGAGGAUGAUUAAAAACCCUGUUUCAGACCACCUGCCUGCUGGAUGCCCACGCUACGCUAUGUCCUUCAAAGCAGGAGAUUCUGUCUGCCCCAGAACCCUCGUCCCUAAGGAUGGUCCUGCUGUGGUGGUUAUUGGAGCAUUUGCGCACGGAGCGGUAAAUGUUGACUAUACAGAGAAGACGGUUUCCAUCAGUAAUUAUCCUCUGUCUGCAGCUCUCACAUGCUCAAAAAUAUGCUCUGCGUUUGAGGAGGUCUGGGGGGUUUUGUGACUAAAACACACAGGUGCUGGACUUUGGGUCAAUCUAAGAAUUCAUCUGUGUGUGAACAGAUACAGUUCAAAACCUUUCGAAUGUAAUGUUUUCAGGAUUUUAAAAAUAUAUGUAUAUUUUCUUUGUACCAAUAACAGAAUUUGUUUGUGGCUAAAAUGUGACCAUUGUUAAGGCUUUGUGUAUAAAAUGGCUUAAAGUAGAAAUACAAGUAACAGAUUAGUUGAUCAGGACAUUCUACUUUGUGAGGCAGAGAUUGGAACAAAUGUACAGUUAUGUGAAUUACAGAUGUUUUUCCUGACAUUAAAAGGUGGUAGUUCACGAUAA